AUGUUGUAUGACAAGAAUCUUUUGGACAAAGUUGAUGCAAAUAUUUCAAAGCAUGGCUUACAAAACAAGUCCAUGAGGCAGAUUGUGAGGUCGAUGAAUGCGAGAACAUGCUUCCAAUCAGUGUACACGGAAGAAGUGGACCUGGACCUGAAUGCGAGAACAUGCUUCCAAUCAGUGUACACGGAAGAAGUGGACCUGGACCUGAUUCAGGAUGUGCUAACUAUUCAGUAUCCAUUCCUUCUUGAUUCUAUGUCGUCUCAAGCACCGCAAUCAAGGAUUAUCGAUGUUGUAGGGUACAUUUUCUUCAAUGAAGACAACUACAAUCGUCGAAAGCCCUAUUGUGAGAUUUCGUACUUCAAAUUGCAAGACCCUGAACAAACAAUUAAGAAGAUAGUAUCUUCCAGCAUCGAAGCUUCAGUGCUCACACCAUCCGGUUACCUCAAGACAGUCUCAGACAUCGAAGAGAUUAAGAACAGCAUGCAGCUAUGGCUCACAGCCAGGAGUCGUACAUUCAAGAAAGCAGGCACACAAGAUCUUGACUUUACUUGCAAGAAUAUUUCAAUGAGGAGUUUGCUUCGUUUAAUUCCACCUCGUCUUUUCAAACAUGUCAAGGCGAAGAGGAACAAAUCACAAUUCACAUGGAUAUUUGCAGAGAACAUCGUUCAAGAUAAAGCUUUCAGAGAAGUGUUAGAUAUCCCUUUCAAGUCGACACCGAAGCUUCAAGAAAAUCUGACACAAAUGUUUGUGGGCGGACCGAUGUAUUUGUCGUACAAACGGGGGAAUAUGUCCGUGGGUUUUGAAACAGUCGGUAGCAUUGGUGGCAUGAUGGGCAAGAUCCAAUGGGUUGAUUGGCGAGACAAGAAAAAGAGGCAACAGAGAGUGUUAUAA